UUUUUUUAGUUCUAACUUCUAUUUGAAUAAAUUUUAGUUAACUUAUUAGUUACAGCUCCUAGUAUCUUCUAUAGGCUAUAACUGGUUUCAACGGCGGCGAAAAUCGGUACAACUCCUAGCCGGCGUUUCACAUAAUUUCUUCAUCGGAAAACUUCAACAGUAGUCGGAGCAACUCUGAUCCAGCUGAAGAAUCUCUAAAUAUGGUAAUUACCAUUCUAAAUCGAAUACGAAAAACCUACUCAAUAUCAACAACUAUCAGUAGGCACAAUUACGAUUUCGCUCUCGUGUCUCCGAAUUUCCAAUUCGGUGAUGAAGAUUCAGCUACACGUGUUGAAUCCGAGUUUCAUGCUUUACAAUAGAUGGCAUACGGGCGAUUAACAUUCUCAUCAUCAUGUCCAUCACGACGUCCGCUCCGGUAUGACAGAGAGAGGAUUUUCUGGAUUGGACUUGCUGCUGAUAUUGGCCUUGCCACCAGAAAAGCUUUACAGGUUUAGUAUGUGGAAGCACCGCCGUUAAUGCUGAUGCGGCUUAUUCUAUCUCCGAUGUGGUUCUGUGUGGUGUGUCAUUGCUGUCCUUUCAAGCUGCAAGGACUCCCAAAGACGAAGAGCAUCCAUAUGGUCACUCUUAAUUUGACAUGGUAAAUUUGAGACUCUUGGAGAUCUUGGAAUUUCUGGUGUGCUGUUGGCUACUGCUGGAGGCAUAGGGUGGCAUGCUUUUGAUGUUUUGCUUGGAUUGUGGCUGCAGCUUCUGAAAGUUGUUAAUCAGUCAAUGAACUCCUCUGCAUGUGCAUGAGCAACAUCACCAUGGAAUUGAUAUGGAUCACCUAUCCUUGCUUUGAGUGUGACAAUACUCUCUAUAGCUGUCAAAGAAGGUUGCGGGACAAGUCAAUCCUUCGCUGCUGCUUCUUCUUCCCCAUUUAUACAGCUGCCGUGCAAAACUCUAGAAUUAAUCCGGUCUGUUGAAUCUGAUGUGUGUUCGAUCUGUUGCGGGGAAGAGUUUGCAACAAAAUCAAUUGAAUAGACAGAGAAGCCCGUCCAGAGCCCUAUUCUGGCGCUUCGAAGUCUGUUGGAAUUUUCGAUUGGUGGAGUCUAAUAUGGAAAAUCAGUUACAGCUAGCCUUGACCAGUCCUACGACGCCGUUGUCGAGCUUGUUGGACUCGCAGAAGGAACUCCUCAAUAGCCAGAUACAUCAACUCCAAAACAUUGUUGUACAACAAUGUAACCUAACUGGCAUCAAUCCCCUCUCUCAAGAGAUGGCUGCUGGAGCUCUUUCAAUAAAAAUUGGCAAAAGGCCAAGGGAUCUCCUAAACCCCAAGGCAAUCAAGUAUAUGCAAUCUGUUUUCUCUGUCAAAGAUGCAAUCAGCAAGAAGGAAGCACAUGAAAUUAGUGCUCUUUUUGGUGUCACCGUCACACAGGUUCGGGACUUCUUUACAGCUCAGCGCACAAGAGUAAGAAAGUUCAUGAGGUUGUCUAUGGAGAAGCCUAUCAUAACCAAUAUAUCUAUUGAAGGGACUUGUCCGAUCCCAUUAAGUUCUGAUCCUAGUUCACAAACAGAUCCAGUUCCCCUAGACAGUGCGGUUCCAACCUGUACAGAGGAGGGGCCAUCUUAUUUGACACAAGAUGAGAUCCUAACUGCCAUAGAUGAGAGGGAUAGACAUUUUGUUGAUAAUAUCCUUACUUUAAUGUGUAAGGAAGAAACUUUUUCUCGGAGGGUUGAGCUGAUGGACUGGAUCUUGGAAGUACAAAACCCCUCUGUGCUAUAUUGGUUUUUAACUAAAGGGGGUGUAGUGAUCUUAUCUGCCUGGUUAAGUGAAGCAGCUGGAGAAGAGCAAACCAGCGUUCUUCAUCUCAUCCUGAAGGUACUCUGCCAUCUUCCUUUACACAAAGCAUUUCCUGGACAUAUGUCUGCUAUACUGCAGAAUGUUAACAGCCUGCGAUUCUAUCGGACUCCAGAUAUCUCAGACAGGGCAAGAGUUUUGCUUGAAAGAUGGAGCAACAUAUUUGCAAAGAGCCAGGCUAUGACGAAACAUAAUGGGGUUAAAUCUGCUAGUGAUAUGCAUGAUGAAAUGUUAUUGCAGGAGAGCAUUAGCGAAGUUGUGGGUGACGAAGUAUGGAACUCAAAAAUUGAGGACGUUGAAGAAGCUCAUGCAAACCUCUGUGGGACUUCAGAGAAUUCAAGGAGUUUGGAUUAUCCACAGCCAGUUAAAUUGCUUAUGGCAUCUUCAGAUGACUCUAACAAGAUGCUUAAAGGAGCUUCGGUGACUAAAUCUCGAGAGCGCAGAAAAGUUCAGCUAAUGGAACAACCAAGCCAAAGAACAAUGGCAAGGAGCCUAGGAAGACCAGCAGCACCUGCAACUCAAGGCCGCCCACUCUCAGCUGAUGAUAUCCAAAAAGCAAAAAUGCGUGAACAGUUUUUGAAGAGUAAAUAUGGGAAAACUAAUAAUGAUGACAGUUCUUGGGUGAAGCCUCAAGCUCCAAAUAAAAUUACCUCUUCGCCAAAUGGUAUCUUGCUUGGAGCUCCAAAAUUGCAAGAUCGGCCUAAAGUUGAGGAAUGUGCGAAGCUCAAUAGUGUUGCCUCUCAAGGGUCCAGUCAGCUUGAAAAUCAUCUCAAGUUGAGUCUUGACGUAGAGGAACCUCCAUGGAAAAGGUGCAAGAAAAUGCAGAUCCCAUGGCAGAAACCACCAGGGUUGCAGCUCCGAUAUGCAUCGAGGGUUUGUGCAGGGGGUGAGAGUAAAGAAGUCGACGUUCAGAAUAAGAGAGUCCGUCGAGAGACGGAAGCCAUUUACAGGACAGUCCAGGAAAUCCCAUUGAACCCCAAGGAACCUUGGGAUCCUGAAAUGGAGCCUGAUGACACAUUAACCACUGAAGUCCCGCUUGAGCAAUUACCAGAUGAGGAACGUGCUGAAACAGGUGUUUUGCCGCAGGAGGACAGAGAAACUGAAACUGCUGCAUUGGCUAGUACGUCAAAUUGCAUUGCAACUACAGCAAAACCUGAUUUAGAGUUGCUUGCUACACUGUCAAAUGGCAUUGCAACUACAGCAAAACCUGAUUUAGAGUUGCUUAAUAUACUGCUAAAACAUCCAGGGGUGGUUUAUGCUUUGACGUCUGGCCAAGGUGGAAACUUGCCCAGUGAGCAAAUUGUAAAGCUGCUUGAUUCGAUCAAAGCCAACGAGAGGAAUUCACUGAGCAUUCAAACAAAUUUAGCCAGAGGCGCUGAGAAGAAAGUUGAAGUUUCUCUUCCAUCCCUCACUCCUUCUAGUGAUCCUGGAACGAGUGGAUUGUCAAUGCAGAACUCUGUUAAAAAUCCUUUCUCACAGAGAAGUUCAAUGGUGGUUCCAGAAGGAAAUGAUGUGCCCCAACACGCGGCGUUGGUCCAUUCACAGGAAACUCAUCAAGUUAGCAGUUUGUUGCAUCAGCAGACGCCCCCUGUGCAACAAUUGGCCCAACAGUUGGCACUGCUUCAAGCAGCUGCAGCGUCUUAUGGUGUGUCCCAACACGCCGUGUUGGUCCAUUCACAGGAAAUUCAUCAGGCUAGCAGUUUGGUGCAUCAACAGACGCCCCUUGUGCCACAAUUGGCCCAACAGUCUGCACUGCUUCAGGAAGCUGCAGGGUCUUAUGGCGUGCCCCAACAUGCCCCGUUGGUCCAUUCACAGGAAAUUCAUCAAGCUAGCGGUUUUGUGCAUCAGCAGAUGCCCCUUGCACCACAAUUGUCCCAACACUCUGCACCGCUUCAGGAAGCUGCAGGGUCUUAUGGUGUGCCCCAGCGUGCCCCGAUGGACCAUUCACAGGAAAUUCAUCAAGCUAGCAGUUUGGUGCAUCAGCAGACGCCCCUUGUGCCACAAUUGACACUGCCUCAAGCAGCUGCAGGGUCUUAUGGUGUGCACCAACACGGCCCGUUGGUCCAUUCACAGGAAAUUCAUCAAGCUAGCAGUUUUGUGCAUCGGCAGAUGCCCCUUGCGCCACAAUUAGCUCAACAGUCUGCACUGCUUCAGGAAGCUGCAGGGUCUUAUGGAAAUGAUCAUCGACCAUCUCUGCUAAAUCCUAGUAUAAACCAGACGGUCCUUGCAAAUCCUAUGCAUUCACAAUCAUCCGCAGAACCAGCAGUAAAUAGAAAUAAUUACUUUUUCUCUGGAUCAACGGAAUACAAUCAACAGAGUGCCACUGCAGCAGCAAGAAUCCAAGGUGUAACAUAUGGUAAUAUUCGAUCUUCGCAAAUGCCUAUAGCUAAUGUACAACAAAGAACUAUUACCCUACAUGCACCUCAGAUGCCACUAGAAAGGCCACAACUACAAACACAGAGGCAACCUGGAUAUGCACCUGAACAUAUAUGGGGGACUAUACCGGGAUCUGCUUUAAGUCGGGGUCAUCAAGAAAAUGCCAUUCCUAAUCUUUACAAUCCACAUGUUGCCGAGCAUGUAGAACCAGGAUUACAACAGGCUGCGUGGAGAGGAAACAACAACUAUGCCGAGGGAGCUGGGUUUGAAUCUUGGAGGCCUGAUAAUAGACCUGUUAGACGUCAGGAACAGGUAGCAAGAUGGAACUAUGCAGAACCCCAGAUGAAUAUGAGAGACCGCUACAGACCUGAUUGGUCUGCAUCGCAUAAUCCUGGGCAUUAUUUGGGUUAUCACUGUCGUGCUGAUGGUGUGAAUGAGAGGCAGGGUGACGGACCUCAUUGGUCUACAUCGCGUAAUCCUGAGCAUUAUUCUGGUUAUCGUGGUCGUGCUGAUGGUGUGAAUGAGAGGCGGGGUGACAGGAGAAGGAGAAGCUAACAUCAAACGCCAGGCCAUUUGAUUCUUUUGACUAGAGAGAUGUUAGUGUUUUCAUCAGAGUGGAACGUUCUCAGAGGGGGUUGCAUUUUGCACAUGAAAUGGUUGUGAACUUGUAUUGUCAGUUUGUCACAUUACUUUAUUUUGUUCCUGAAUUGAUACCUGUCAACAUCAAAUUAGAUAAUGGGAGCUUGGGAUCAUGCCAAGAAUCUUUUAGAAAGAAAAAAAAAUUAUCCUAGUCAAGGGCAUACUAUGUCUUGAUUGAGUCCCUACUUGAAAUGCUGUGUAUCUUUCAUUAGAAAUGAGGUGUCGUUUGGUUGGGAAUAAGUUAUUUUGAGAUCCAUUAUCUCGGGAUAAGUUAUUUUGGGAUAAAUUAUUUUACUACGUAUAUGUGAUAACUUAUUUCAUUACUAAAGUAUAAAUUCCUAGGACUGUCCAA